ACAGAAAAAGAAAAAGCACAAAAGAGAACAAAAAAAAUUAAAAAACUCUCUCGCUCUUUCUCUCUCAUAUUCUCUGCCCUCUGUCCCUCUCUCUCUCUCUCUCUCUCGCGCGCUCUCUCUUUCCUGCUUUACCAACUGUAGUGUGCGGGCUGUCGCCACAGAGCGGCCAGCUUAAAAUCAGAAACUUUGGGGGCGGCCAUGGCAGCUCUGGCUGAGUGGUUGAUGGUGGCGGCGGCGAUGAUGAUCGGCAUGGCUGUGGGGGCUGAGGGACAGCAGGGUGGAGGGGCGCCGCCGGUGGGGGCAGAGAGCUGGUGCGUGGCCCGGAGUGACGCCAGCGACCAGGCGCUGCAGACGGCACUGGACUACGCUUGCUCGGCGGGAGCGGACUGCGGACCCAUCCAGCCCAAUGGGCUCUGCUACCUCCCCAACACGAUCGCCGCCCACUCCUCUUACGCCUUCAACAGUUAUUACCAGCGCAACUCCAUGGGUCCCGGCACCUGCGACUUCGCCGGCACCGCUACCGUCGCUAAAACCGAUCCUAGCUAUGGAUCUUGCGUUUAUCCUUCGUCUCCAAGCGCGGCGGGAGGAACAACGACGCCGAGCACACCAGGCACAAAUGGUUCAACGACUCCCACAGGCACGCCAGUUGGUGGCGGCGGCGGUAAUGGUGGCAGUAGUGUAGAUAACGGGGGACUGAAUCCGGGAAUACCCACCAGUACUACCGACGCUUCAAUAGCUUCUUCUUCGAGGUUUUCUGCAGUAACUAUCUUCAUGCCUGCAGCCUCUUUUCUUCUGCUUAUUCUCUCUGUAACUCAUCCAUCUUCGACCCUGCUGCUUAUCAGUAUUCUAGGAAUAAAUUAGGCAUGCUGGGGAGAGAGCGCACACCAACUGUCUUAAUUAAUUUGCCCUGGCUUGCUAGCUAGGGUUGCCAAAAGCGCCCAUCCUGUAGAGAAGAGCUAAUGCAGUUUUGGUAGAAAUUAAGUAACUGGCCCAUUUGUUUAUGAGCAGCGGCAGGAGCUACAUAUAUUAAUUACCAUAUUUAUAUUUAUAUUGAAAUAUAUAUAUAUAUAUAUAUAUCCAUUAAUUAAUUUCUAUCCUGCGUUACUCUGCUCUCUUCUUAAUUGUCCGACAAGGAUUGUAGCAAAUUUGAAUUUGUUCAAGGCUGAGAGAAUUGAAGCCCGUUCUGACAUGAAACUUACUGAUUAAACUAGAAAUAGCUGUUUUCGCAUCA